AUGGUGAAAAAAGGGCUUCCUUACACCCACUCUGAACCAAUCUUGUUCCAGCUAAUGCCUGUUGUCUCUCACCCCGCCACCACACACAUCUGUGCAGAGCCUGGCUCAUCGUACAUUGAUGCACCAGUAGCAAUGCAGGUCCCAGUUGCUGGUGGUGCACAGAGUCUCUUAUUUGAGGAGCUUGAAAUCUGCUCUCAAGAUGGUUUUGGAGCAUUAAGUGGACAUGUCAGCAGCCUUGGUGAUGCGCCCCCUGUUCUCAUGAAUCCUCUCUCCCAAUCACAGUUUGUUCCCCUGGCUGAAGUUCUUUGCUGCACCAUAUCGGAAAUGAAUGCAGAUCAUGUAAUGGUUACACAGGAAACUUUAACAGAGCAGUUAGUGAAAAAUUAUCCAGGAAUUGCAGUUCCCUCCCACAAAAUUGUAUAUAAUACCCUUGGCACUCUAAUUAAAGAAAGGAAGAUCUAUCAUACAGGAGAAGGAUACUUCAUCGUGACCCCCAGUACCUACUUCAUCACACAUGAUGCUCCAGAGGCCAAUAAAAGGGUCCAGCUGGGGGACAGUUGCUGUUCAUCACCUUCCAUCACUUACCUUGUAAGCAUAGAGAACUGUGCAGAGCUAAUGAAAGAAAACAUUCCUAUGGUAUCCUGUUACAGAUCCCACCAUUGUUUCCCUGACAAAGAUAUGUUCUGUGAACAAAGACAUCAGCAGCUAAUGAAUCAUGAACCUAAUGGAGGAGGUAAGAAAGGCUGCAGUGAAUUGAAGCCUUCAAUUCAAAAUCAAGUGGUGUCCACACCUGGUGAAACUCAUUCCUGGGACACCACCAAAUCCCUGACACGCGUGAAAGAAAAACUGAAAUGCAAACGGUUUGGCUUUGGCCUUUUCUGGCGAAGUUCUUCUAAAAAAGAAAAGCGUAGGAAAGAGUACUCCACUUUUUCAGCCCAGUUUCCUCCCAAGGAGUGGCCGGUAAGGGACGAAGAUGACUUAGAUAAUAUUCCACGUGAUAUUGAACAUGAAAUCAUCAAGCGUAUUAACCCUACGCUUACAGUUGAUAAUUUAAUUAAACAUACAGCAUUAAUGCAGAAGUUUGAGGAGCAGAAAAAUUAUAUCAGUAAAGGUACCUCAGCUGAAGCAUUAACAGUCAGGCAAAAGCAUCUUUCAAAGGAAUGUCCUCAGAAGACGCAAAAUAAAACAGCAAAGCAUGGCAGGAAAAACAAAUCAAGCAAAGAGAAGCAAAUUAGCAGAAGCAACAGGAAAUCUCAAAUACAAGAGCUAACAUCCCAAAGUGAAAAACUGGAAGAGCACCCAUCACUGCAUACUACAAACCAGCAUGUGGAAUCCCAAGCUAUAUACAAAAGACAAAUUAAGAACCCUUUUCAGGGUCUGUCUCGGAAACACAACUUUCAUGUGAAAGGGCAUAAAGGUCAGAUUAACACUCAACUGAAGCCCAGGACUCAAAAGCAAGAAAGGGGUUUACAAAGACCAAGGUCUUCAGAUUCCUCAAAACUCUUUGAAUAUGAAGCUGAACAACUGGUUACUGAAAAGCAGGCUGACAAAGCCAAACCAAACAAAUCACUCCAUGUUAAUAGGUCUUCCCUCCAACUAAAGAAAGACAGUUUAAGUGAAAACAUUAGUUAUGCGCAAGGCAAUACUUUGCAAAUAGAUGACAAAUCUAAAUACUUAAUGGAGAGUAGCAUUUCUGAAGACAGCAUCUGCAGACAAACAGCCAAACAAAACGCUGCAGCUGUUCAAAAAUCCUCUCACACCUACACUGAAGAUAAUGUCAGGUGCAAAGAAGAUGCAAAAUAUUCAUUAAAUCCAAAAGAUGAGCACUGCAAGUACAAAGCUGACUCUGCAUGUAAAUUACUAGAUCAAACAUCAAACGAAUUUCAAAAUGUCAGCCUUUCAAAUUACACAACCAAUGCCAACCUGCUAAAAAAAGCUGGUGUGAAAUACAGAAAAAAGACUGGUAAAAAGAAGGAACUUAUAUUUAAAUAUGACUGUACUAGCUGGCCUGGAUCAACAAAGCUAGAAGGUGAAGGAUUUACUGAUGACUGCCAUCUUGUGUACCAAAAAGCACAUGAUGGCAACACCUGUAGUUCAUUUUAUCUGGAUGACAAUUUUGAAUACAGUGAAUCAGUUCACUUGCAACCUGGCCAAGCUGUACCAAAAGCGGAGACAGUUGUGUCUGUAAAAAACUGGAAGGUUAAUAUUCAUCCAGACCAGUACAACACAACUGUAAACAAAUGUGACUCUGGAGAGUAUGAAUAUAAGGAAUGUGCCAGUCUUGCUGAAUCAAUAGAUGGCUCAAAAGUGUGUCAGAAAACAGAUUUCACUGAAGAAAGUUGUUUUUGCAGUCGGGUGCUUCUGACAAUUCAUAAAAAGGAAGAGGAAACUGGCCUUACUGCAUGUGUGAAGACUUCAGCUGUAACAAAUCUCUGCAACGCUAAUGAGGCUGGCUCAGACAUUGAUGCUUUGCAGAACUCCAUCUAUGCGAUGGGAGAAGAGCUGGCAUGCUGUGCUCUGGGCCUGCAAGCAAAAGAAAUGAGAAACCCUUUGAUGAAAAAUGGUCUAAUUUUUAAUAAUGCCUGUACUGUGAUUUUAGGACAGAAUCACUUAGAAGGAAUAGAAAAUCACAGCAUUACAGGAGACAGUGGAAUUGACUCCCCAAGAACACAAAGUCUGACACCUAAUAAUUCUACUAUUUUAGAUGGACUGAAAAGAAGACAAAGCUUCCUGGAAAACUUCGAAAGCAUAAAUAGUAUUGCAAUAGCGGAAGGCCGCUUGCAAAAAAUUCCUUGCUGCUGA